AUGAACGGAAGCACGACGACGGUGAAUGGUGGUGCCGUCAACGGGACCAAUGGUGCUCUCAAUGGAAUAGGAGCAGCACCGCGUACUGCUACACUCGGAACACCUAGUAGCUAUGCAUAUACCUCCAGUGGCUCACUGCUUGGUCGGAGUGGUGCAGCCAGACCAGUGCCACCACCAACACUGCCAAAGUAUAGUGGUUCAUUUAGCGCAGGUAGCACGUCGGGACUUAGAGAUCGCGACAGAGAAGGAACUGGUGGAUCGCAUCGUUUGGCAAGCCUAGAAAGAUUAGCAUUGCGUCAGCGUAUUAUUGAACAGAGCGCAAAUAAUCAGGUGCCCAUCGGGUCCUCUUUAAACACACCAUCCAAUGGCGGACCUACCUCUGCGACUGUCACCCUUACCGAUACGGCAACGUUACAAAGUAAACGCGAAUUGUUCUUCAAAUCUGACUCGGUGAGUGGUGGCGGCGUGAGCGGUACGGGGCCACCUACAGCAGCGCCGCCCGCUCCACCCUCUUCCCUCAAGGAUGCGCUUGCUAAGCGCGCAACGACGCUCCCGGACCAACUUGAAAACAAUCAUCACGAGUCAAAUGGUACUGCUAAACUUAGCAACAGUGUGUCCGUCGAUGCGGCUAAGCCCCCCAAUGUGGCGCCUCCACCGACCCCAGCGCCUACCAUACCCACCUCAGCGCCACCCAAUGCACCACCUCCUUUACGGAGUACAGAAAAUAUCCUCAAGAAACCCGAUCACCCGCCUGUGGCACCAAAACCGGAAUUACCUAAAUUAGAAAAGCCAAAAACCAAAGAAUUAGACGGAUACGUUGGAUUUGCAAAUUUACCAAACCAGGUGUACAGGAAGGCCGUGAAAAAGGGAUUCGAAUUUACUUUAAUGGUUGUAGGUGAGUCAGGACUAGGCAAGUCAACGUUAAUAAACUCACUGUUUCUGACGGAUGUGUAUGAUAAAGACAAACACCCCGGGCCAUCACUACGAGUGAAGAAAACAGUUGGCGUGGAGACCAGUGUCGUUAUUCUCAAAGAGAAUGGUGUCAACCUAACAUUAACUAUCGUAGACACACCGGGAUUCGGCGACGCAGUGGAUAACAGCAAUUGCUGGCAGCCGGUCAUAGACUUCGUAGAGUCGAAGUACGAAGAGUUUCUGAACGCUGAGUCGCGAGUGACACGCAAGGCGGCCCCACCCGACACUCGUGUCCAUUGCUGUUUAUACUUCAUCGCGCCGAGCGGACAUGGACUCAAACCGCUCGACGUUGAAUUCAUGCAACGGCUCGGAGAUAAAGUUAAUAUUAUCCCCGUUAUUGCGAAGGCUGAUACUAUGACGCCCGAGGAAUGUAAGGACUUCAAAGAACAGAUAAUGAAGGAACUAAAUCAACACAAGAUCAAAAUCUACGAUUUCCCCGAGAGCACGGGCGAGGAGGGCGAGGGCGCGGAUGCGGCGCGGGCGCUGCGCACGCGCGUGCCCUUCGCCGUCGUCGGCGCCAACACCGUCAUCGAGACCGAGGGCCGACGCGUGCGCGGCCGCAAGUACCCCUGGGGGAUCGCCGAAGUGGAAAACUUGGAACAUUGUGAUUUCUUGGCACUUCGAAACAUGGUGAUACGGACCCACCUUCAGGAUCUGAAGGACGUGACGAGCUCCGUGCACUACGAGAACUAUCGCUGCCGUAAAUUAGCUGGACUUUCACAUGACGGCAAACCACACAGGAUCAAUUCUAACAAGAAUCCUUUGGCUCAAAUGGAGGAAGAAAAAAGAGAACAUGACCUAAAAAUGAAAAAGAUGGAAAGUGAAAUGGAACAGGUGUUCGAGAUGAAGGUGCGCGAGAAGCGCGCCAAGCUGAAGGAGUCGGAGGCGGAGCUGGCGCGGCGGCACGAGGGCACGCGGCGCGUGCUCGAGGCGCAGGCGCGCGAGCUGGACGAGCGCCAGCGCGCGCUGCAGGCCGAGCGCCUCGCCUGGGAGCGCGACACCGGCCUCUCGCUCGACGACCUGCGCCGCCGCUCGCUCGAGGCCAACAGCAAGGAGACCGUCGACGGCAAGGAGAAAAAGGACAAGAAAAAGAAAGAUUGGUCUUUUAAGAGUGUUGCAACUGGAAUAGUAAUAUAA